CUCAAUGAUUGAAUGAUCUCAUCAUUCAUCAUUCAUGUCUAUUAUGCCAGUAUGCUAUAUGACGAUGUGUACUAGAUCUAGAAUCUAGUCUAGACCUACGUAUACUCUACCGUAUACUCUAUACUGGUAAAGUCUAGAGCAGACUGGCAGUGUUUCCCAAAAUUUUCCCUUAACGUAACUGACUUAAACUCAAACUAGAGAUUGAUCUGAUUAGUCAUUAGAUUGAAUAAUGAUCAAUAAUGAUGAUUGAUUCACAAUGUGGCCUACCUCUAGAGUCUAGUCCCUACCUACGUUAAUUUAACUUAGAUCUAGUCUUUGUCUAAAGUUUAGUAAAUUUGCUUACUAACUUAACAAGAUCUAGAUCUAGAGUCCAACUACUUUACUGAAAGUUUACUAGACUCACACUGUCUAGACACUAACUGACUCACUAAGUCUAAGAGUACUACUGGUAAGACAGUUUGCUGAAUAUCAGAAAUGGAUGAAGAAUGGAUUAAAUGCCCCAAUCAUAACAAUUCAUACUGCUUACUAAAAACUGGUUUAAAAAGUGGGCCAUCGCAAGGAAUAUCAUUCUACAUGUGUGGGCAGUGUAAUUUUAAUCUUAAAACAAGUUUUCCUACAGUUAACUGCACAAAGCAUCCAACAGAAUUAAUAGAGUUACAAUCAUUUCAUGAAGUUUCACAAGAAACUGGGAAAACAAGCCUUAGGAAAUAUUUUCGCUGCCAGAAAAGAGAGGAAGGAAAGUCCUGGUGUGGCUAUGCCAGUUUGGACAAGAAAUCUAAUACAUUGUUAGACAGGAAAAACUCAUCAAAACUAACAAAAGAAGUAUCAGCUGAAAACUUGGAAGAUUCUUCUAUAAGUGCAGAGGAAACCCCUCUUAAUGACGUGGUUUCUAGUCAGCUUGAAGAAAAUAAAUUAACCGAUAUGUCUGUUAGUGUUGAGCCAUCUUCCAGUAAAGAGUCAUCAAGUUUGAAAAGCAAUGACCAGUCAUUGAUGGAGCUCAGUUUUGCUGAACUCAGCAAGUCCCACCAUGAAUCAAACCAAACUAAAAGCCAAAAUUCUGAUUUAAAAUUAGACAGUUUAUCUUUUAAGAGCUACAGGGACAGUCCUAAGUCUUCCGUGAGACCAAAAUCUAUUUCAAAUUUUAAUCAGCAAUUUACUGAAAAUAAAAACUUAAAUAGUAAUGCAAAGGAGGCCAAGCCAGCUUGCAAUAAUACAGAUUCAUCAACAUUGGAUCUAAAAUCAUUAAAACAGGCACUACCCCAAACAUGUGUGACCGCAGGAGAUGAUCACAAGGAUUCGAAAUCAGAGAAAACUGACACUUUACAUGACAAAGUUGUACCAAGUUCUCAUGAGAAGGAUAGUUUAAAUACUGAAGCACACAGUACAGAAGAAAGCCUGCAGAGUUUGAUUGACAAGAAACAAACAUAUUCAAGUGAAUUACACAAAAUUCAAGCUAGUUUGAGGGCUGUAAACCUUUCAAAUCUUCCAGAUAAAGGACAGAAAAUUUUACAAAAACUAUCCCAUUUUCAAGAGUCUAUUAAAGAAAUUGACAGACAAAUAAAUGCUUUGCCAAAACAAGUGCCAGCUAUAAAUAAAAGUUCAGCGACUUCUCAUACAUUUUCUGCUGGUGUGAACAAGAUAACUGUAAUGAGUACCAAAGUAGAAGAUGGGAAGCAGAAGGAAUCAUCUUCAGGGUCAUUAAAUCAGCCUGUGAGACAGCAUCUCCCUCAAUUUGCUCACUUACCAGAACACUUGCAGCAAAUGUUGGCAUCGAACCCUCAAGCUAUGACUCUAUAUGGCGGCCGUAUGACUGCUCAGAGAAUGAGAGAAGUUGGAUCGAUAACUACAGAGGCCAUUGACAAAAUACACAAGCAAUUGGAAUCAUGCCCCUCUGAAACAGAAGAGCUUCCAGAUCCCAAAGGCCUCAAAGUUCCAUUGAUGCCUCAUCAGAGACAUGCUUUGGCAUGGUUGGCAUGGAGGGAGCAGCAACAUCCACCAGGAGGCAUUUUAGCUGAUGAUAUGGGUUUGGGAAAAACUUUGACCAUGCUGUCACACAUCCUGAACCAAAAGGUUGCCAUAGACAGUGCAGAUCAGGCUGUCUGGCUAAACAGAAAAAAGGAAGUUGAAAAAUUGGAGAAAGGGCUGAAGAAAUCAAGAGCUACAUUUAUAAUUACACCUGCUUCAUUGAUUCACCAGUGGGCUAAGGAAAUAGAUAGAAGAUUUCAACCAGGGCUUCUCAAAUAUAUUCUUUAUCAUGGACCGGACCGAGAGAAAAACGUUCAUAAGCUCCUGGAUGUGGACAUUGUGAUCAGCACUUACCAAAUCGUAGCUAAAGAAGUGGGUGCUGACAAAAAAGAAAAUGCUGAGAGUCCUAUGGUGGAUGAGGAGAAACCACAGGCUGAGGACUUGCCAAUGCUUUUAAAAAUAGGUUGGGAACGAAUAGUUCUGGACGAGGCACACAACAUAAAAAAUCAUAAAUCUGCUACAGCAAUGUCAAUCUGUAAACUACGUUGCCUCAGCCGAUGGGCGUUGACUGGUACACCAAUACAGAAUGACCUGACUGACAUGUAUGCCCUUCUCAGGUUUCUAAGAUUUAGUCCAUUUGAUGAGUACAAAGUCUGGAAGAAGCAUGUGGAUUUAGCUAAAGGAAGCACAACUAGACUGAAUACAAUAGUUAAAGCACUUCUCUUGCGGCGUACAAAAGACCAGACAAGCAAAGAUGGAACGCCCCUUGUGGCAUUACCCAGUCGCAGUAAAGAAACAAUACUAGUGGAAUUGGGGCCUGAAGAAAGAGCAGUAUAUGAUAAAUUGUUUCGGAAAACUCAGUCUACAGUCCAAGCCUAUGUUGAGCGUCAUCAAGAUAAAAAUGAGAAGCUGACCCCACCAAAGACAACUCCUCAUCCUCAUGCCCAGACUGGAUCAGACUUGGCCAGAAGUGCUAAAGCUAUCCCCCCUGUCCCUGCAAAGGCUACUGGCAGUCAAAUUUUGGUGCUACUUUUAAGACUACAGCAAUGCUGUUCACACUUGAGCUUAAUGAAGUCUCAAAUAGAUCCUGAUAUAUUAGAGGCUGAUGGAAUUGAAAUGUCACUAGAAGAACAAAUGCGAGGAAUGAUCUUAGAUGAAAUUGCUGGAGAAACUCAAAUGUCUCAGAAAGACAAAAUAAAUGCUUUGUUUGAAAAAACAUCUCUUAGUACAAAGUUAAAAUAUGUGAUAGACAAGAUAAAAGCACUUCAUUCAGAACAUUCACAGAAAUGUGUCAUUGUAUCUCAGUGGACACAGAUGCUAGAUAUCAUUGGCUGCCAUUUAGAAAAGGCUAGGAUCUCCUAUAGUGUAAUUCAAGGAAACAUUCCACCAAAGAAGCGUAGUGAAAUAGUGGAUGAUUUUAACUUAAACAAAGAUGGUGUACAGGUGAUGUUGUUAUCUUUGAAAGCUGGAGGUGUUGGGCUAAAUCUGACUGGUGGAAAUCAUCUGUUUAUAUUGGAUACUCAUUGGAAUCCAGCUUUAGAAGAACAAGCUUGUGAUCGUAUUUAUAGAAUGGGGCAACAAAAAGAUGUUUUCAUUUAUAGAUUUGUAUGCAAGGAUACUAUAGAAGAAAAGAUUUCAAAUUUACAGAAGGAAAAGUUAUCUUUAGCUAGAUCUGUUUUAUCCGGAACUGGAGCCAGAGGCCAGAAACUAAGUCUUCAUGACCUGCGAUCUUUGUUUGGUGUCUAGUCAAGGGAAUCUUACCUUAUGUUGAUUGUUACAGAGCCGCAGAGUUAAAUGCCAGAAGUUCUAGCUCCUAUAAAAUAAAAAAUUUAUUUAUCAGCAAUGUAACAUUUGUACUAAAAUCAUUAGACUUUUACCCCAGAGCAACCUCUUUCAGACUAAAUUUUGCAGCUUUGGCAUUUAAAACACAAUAUCAAUUAGAACAUUGCACUUAUUUUGAGUAUUUUUAUAUUACUAUGUCAACAAGGACGGAAAUUCAUUAGUGAAAUUUACUAGUUAUGGAAAUAUUGUGUUCUUAUUCAUUUUGUCUAAAGAAUGACCAUUUUGUUAAUACUCUAGAACUUAAGAGGCCUUUGUUUUGUUAUGCUAGCUUUGUCUUUCUUCUUGUUCAAUCAAUCUACAUUGGAUGUUCCUUAUAUUUAACAGUAACAAACUAUUGAAUGUUGUCAUUUAUACACUUUAUAACUAUUUUAUGAAUAUUAAAAACUUUUGGUUGUUUAUUUUCUGCAGAUAAUUUGUUAUCAUUGAAAUAAUAAUAAUGGUUUGGCACAAGGUACCAGGGGGUUUCUUUUUCUAAUAGGACACAAACAUUUUUUUCAAGCUACAAAUGCUGAGGAAUUCCUAGUUGUUGAAAAAAAAAAAUAUGUUGGGACAGAUACUGUCAAAUUUGUCUUAUUCUUUGAUUUUUAUCCUAAAUGCUGAUAUUGUCAUUUGUUGAUCUUCACUUUCAUUUUCCAAUGAAUGUACCUCAGCCUGGCUUAUAACCACAAUGCACUGCAUUUCUGCCAUGUCUUUUAAUUUGCUAGGCAAUGCAGCUUUCUGUGAUAUCCCUUGGACUGUGUUGAAGAAUCUCUUGACAUUAUCACUUGAACUUAUGUUCUAUCUCAUUUCUAUUUCAAUUUGACUGGCAGCAUUUAGAGCCAUAUCAGAUUGUAUGUCACAUACCAACCAAUGACAGAUACAAUUUUGUCACAGAAAAUUGUCAAAUUUAAUGUCAAAUUAAAAAAAAAUAAAUUUGUUAUACAGUUAAA